AUGGCGUCCCUCAACAGCGUCGUCAACAAGCUGGUAAGGGCCGCCGCAUCGGUUCCCGAAAACAUCUCCGACGCCGACCUCGACGCACACGUUGCCCGCGUCCUCGCAGCCGAGGCAAAGGCCAACGACGUCAAGUGGCAAGAACUUGGUCUCGGUGCGUACCUCGGCUCGGGAGGCUCUAGUAGUCGUGACUCGCCUGACCCGGACAAGCCCAAACCCAACAAACGCUUUCUCGCCAGCGUCAUUCGAAAUGUUGACGGACACAACCAGGCCCUGUUAGCCCAACAGGCUCAGGAUGCCCGCGACGCUCGUUCGGUGCGUACUGGCCCAGCAAGGGACUCGACACGCGGCGAAAGGUCGCGCGGAGCAGGCGGGUCUAGCGGUGCAAGCCGCCUGUUUGGGGGUGCGCUCGCGAGUAUGGGCCGUGACUCUGGGCGACGCAGCGAUAAGGCCAAGGAGCGUGAGCGCGACCGGGAUCGAGACCGCGAACACGUUGGCAAGGAGAGGUCAAAGUACGAUGACCGCCGCCAAGACGAGAGGCGAGAGAGUAUGCGGCCACAUGACCGUGAUCUUUCCCCUUCUCGUCCUCGCGAGCGCUCUCCUGCUCGUGAUAGCCGGCGCGACCAAGACCGUGAACGGAGGCGCAGAGACGACUCGGAUGAUCACCGACGGAGGCGGCGCGCCUCGGACUCCGAGGACGACAGAUAUGACAAGCGCCGAUCACGCCGAUACGAUUCCGACGACGACCGAGACAAGCGCCGCUCAUCGAAGCGGUACGACUCGGACGACGAGAGACGAGAGAGCCGGCGUGAGCGAGACGAGACCCGUAACGGCAAGGACAAGGGCAGGAGGCGGCAAGAUCACGACGACGACGACGAUGCCGACCGACGACGCCGAAGGCGAGACAAAGAACGUCCCAGCCGCCGCCGUUCUCCGACACCACCACCUCCUCCACCUGGAAGGCCACCGUCCCCACCUCGCGAGCCCCAAGCUCCAUCAAUCUCGCGAAUGGACAAGUACUUCCAGUCCGACUAUGACCCGCGUAUGGACGUUGGUGCCGUCCCCAAGGAAGGACCUGUGGUCGACGUGGGAUGGGACAACAUGCUGGCCGUGCUCAAGGAGCGCGUCAAGCGUCGCCGCCAAUCGCCUGGACUUUCGCUCUCUCCCGAACCCGAGAAGAGGUUCCGCGACGAAGGCAGAAACAAGGAGAAGAGCUACGCCGAGCAGCUGAAGAGCAUUUUGACGGAAGCCGAGAAGACCGUCAUGGACAUGGAGUAUACGCGCAAGGGUGGCGUCCGCGAGUGGGACGUUGGCAAGUGA